UCGUCCUUCCUUGCCUCCCUCCAGUCCACAUACUCGCCCUUGCCAUCAGAUGAGCGCACUGUGCAUCCUCUCACUCAUUCCGGACUACCGCGCUGCGCCAAAUAUCGGAGCGAGAAACAUCGUCGAGACUCGGCAACUGACUUUAUUUGAGCAAAACGUCGGACAUCUACUGCGUGGUUGCAGGACGCGUUUCAACAUCAUGAACUCCGUGUGCUUCUUCGUGACUGUUGCUCUCAUUCUGAUGCUGAGCCCUUGCUCUGUUGCUGCAGUUUCAACUAGAAGGUGUCAUUUUAUCUACAAGGGCUUUGCGCAGUGUCUCAUGGCACUGGGCGACAGUCUGACGGACACUGCGCACAAGGAUGAAGACACACAUGAGAUACACUCCAUUUGCAGGUCAUGGGAUGAGUUUCAUGACUGUGCCAACGUAGCAAUGGCCGGCUGUCCAGAGGAAGCAGCAACCGUUUGGGAGUCUCUCCGCCAAGAAUCCAAGAAGAUGCAGUUUUCAGGAAAUCUCUAUGACAUGUGCUCCAACCGCAACAGUCACACAUUAACCUCUGGGUCCUCGCGUGGCUCCCACAUCCAAGGCGAGCUCAACCAAGAGUCUCUAAGAGGGCGAGUCAGUUGUUUGGCAGCCUCCUACUACUUUCCCAUGCUUCUGUCUUCUCUACUGCUGCUGUUUUGAACAGAACUGCCAAAACACAAUAGGACUUGUGUAAAUAUGAACUUUGUGCAUUCUCGCCUCCACCUUUCCUCACUGUCCCCCUUUUCCUAAACACCAGAAGAGAGGAAUGCAUGCUUUCUUUCGGAAUUUCCUUAAUCCCAUUUCUUACAGAUUUCAACUAGUGAUAUCUGAAAAUUGUACAUAGUCAAGACACACACAAAAGAAAGAAAAUGGCCAUAUGUCACCUAUCUGUCAUUAUACUUUUAUUUGUCUCAUAAACUGCAAGCUUGUAUCAAGAACGGGCUGAAAAGGAGAGCGCAAAGACACUUAUCUAAUGUCCUGUUCGGGUUCAUCCAAAACAUCAUACAACAAGACUGUGGGCUUUAUGUUAGGGGCUUUUAAAACAACAUUUUUGAAGACUAACUCUGAGGAUUUUCAGUGUGUAGAGUGUACAGCUUUUCUUGACUUUAAGGUGCAUGUUUCAAUAUCAAGUACAAAAAGCAUGAUGUACUGUACCUUGAUUUAACUACAAGGUUCUUUUCCUUCAUGCUCAGCCCUGAUCUACUACAGAUGAGGUGGAGAUGAGUGCUACUCUGCAGCCACAAAUUGUCAAUGUUCUCCUGAGACUCCAUGCUUGAUAAGUCAGACCCAUUUUUGAGCCUUUGCAUGAAAGUACUGUGGAUUGAUAGCACCAAAUCCCGCUGGAAUUUAAAGCUGUCCCACAUAUUUGAUCUCACUCAAAAAUACAUGCAGUGAACAGAUGUAAUGAUGCUCUGCCAAUUUGUUGUUGGUUUAAAUCAUUUGUAUUUGGUGUCUGAUGUCUUUUACGCUCUUCUCUAAAUACACAUAAUGUUUAAAUAAGAUUGUUUUCCUUAAUUUUCAAUGAGGUUUAUCUAAUGGACAGCACAAAGCAGCAGUGAUAAGCACAUUUGCCUCAGUUUGAAUCUUCGGUUUCCUCCCGCAUUUCAAAGACAGGAAGUUUAUUUUCACUGAUGACUUUAAAGGGGCUUAAGGUGUGGAUAUUAGUUUGAAUUAAUGUCUCCUGUGCUGGUCAGCAGUCCAGGGUGAACUCCCCCACCCGCACCCCACCCCUCCCAAAAUCAGGAGAGGGGUUCCCUGGACGACUUUGCCUCCGUUCAGAGGACCGGGGUUCAAAUCUUCUCCCCGCCUGUGUGGAGUUUGCAUGUUCUCCC